AUGGCUAAAUAUUCUGUUUUAGAAGCGUUUGCUCCUCAUAUCAAAGCACUUGCAAGAGUAGCUUAUUACAAAAUUCCUUCUAAAGAUGAAUCGACUGCACAGAGAGUACUAUACGAGAUAUAUCGUUUCAUUAUGUGGUUUUUCAUUAUACUUUACAAUUUGCAGCAUUUGAUUCAUGUAGUUCAGGUUCGAUACAGCACCGACCAGAUUGUAAAUACGCUGUUUAUAUUGCUGACCACUCUCAACUGCUUUGGCAAACAGAUUACCUUCAAUGCGAGGAGUGGACGUCUCAAAAAAAUCUUUGACAUUAUUGAGGGACCACUUUUCGCUCCAACUAAUCCUUAUCAUCUGGAAGUGAUGAGAAGUAAUGCAGUGUUUAUGGCACGUCUGAUCUUCAUCUAUCACGCUGCCUCUAUGUCUUGUGCUGCUCUCUGGCUUGUUUAUCCAGUAGCAAAUAGAGCAUUGGGCAAUGAAGUAAUAUUCACAGGUUAUGUACCAUUCGACACAAGUGAAUCGCCUCUUUUCGAAGUAGCUGUUGGGUAUUUUGCAAUUGUUCUUUCAAUUCAAGCCUAUGGUCACGUUGCCAUGGAUUCUAUGAUAAUAGCACUCUACCGACAAGCCACAGUGCAGAUAAAAUUACUCAGAUACAAUCUCGAACAUCUCAUGGAUGUAGAUGGUGACAUUGCACAAAUAGCUGCUAAUAUUACCAAAACGAAUAAAGAACAGAUCAUUUACAAAGACAAUAUGAAUGACGCAGUAAAUAGGACACAAAGACGAAUAGUGAAAUCUGCUAAUCAUUAUAAGGAAAUAGUGAGUUAUAUAAAAGAGGUAGAGUCCAUUUUCAACGGCGCCAUGAUCAUUCAAUUCUUUGUGAUGGCUUGGGUGAUAUGUACGACUGUAUAUAAAAUUGUUUUACUCAACAUAUUGUCACCGGAAUUUAUACCGAUGGUCAUGUACUUGGGUUGCAUGCUUGGUCAACUCUUUCUAUUUUGUUACUUUGGAUCUGAACUGAAAGUAGAGAGUGAAUUUAUAAGCCAGUCAGUUUACACGGGUGACUGGUUGGCACUGUCCCCGAGUCAUCGUCGAGAACUCCUACUGCUAAUGUGUUUCUGCUCGAGACCUCUGGCUCCUCGCACCGCAUAUAUAAUACCCAUGUCAUUGGAUACUUACAUUGGGGUGCUGAAAUCAUCGUACAGUCUAUUCACAGUUUUAAAUCGAUAA